AUGAGAACGGUCAAAUAUAUCCAGUUGCAUUUUUCAUUGUGGAUAGUGAAACGGGAGAAGCUCGGACAUGGUUUUUUUGGGCACGUUAAGGAGGCGGUUGGGGCUAUAUCUGAACUUGUCAUUGUAUCAGAUCGUAAAGCAAGCAUAAGCAAAGCAAUCAGUAAGGUAUUUCCUUUUGCCUUUCAUUGUUUCUACAUUCAUCAUAUAAGUCUAAACCUACUCAAGCAUUUUGGGAAAAAAUCUCCCCUCCCCGAUUUCUUCCUAGUUGCAAAAUCACCCCGUGAGAUUACUUUUCAAGUACAUUGGGCUGAAAUUAUCCCAAUAAGAGGAAUGGGCCAAUACUUAGAGGAAAUUGGAUUUGAAAAAUGGGCCAGGGAAUUUCAAUGUGGACGAAGGUUUAAUCAGAUGACUACAAAUGCGACUAAGAGUUUAAAUGUUGUACUAAAGGACGCUAGAACAUUGCCAAUAACUAAAUUUCUUGAUCACAUAAGGGGUUUGUUGCAAGACUGGUUUCAUCCAAGAACCUAUACAUCGAGUCGUCAAACGAUGCUUUCAGAUUAUGCGGAGACGAAAAUGACGACUAAAAGGCAUUUUGUGAGGCCGAUUGAUCAACACAUUUUUAAAGUUGUUGGUAUUCACCUUAGUGGAGUUGUUGACUUGAAUGCGCGUAUGUGUUCGUGCAAGGAUUUUGAUUAUUACGACAUGCCAUGCUCCCAUGCGAUUGCAGCAGUCCGUUACCGGAACAUUGAUCCAUGCACACUUUGUUCCCCUUACUACAAUAUUCAGGCUAUUUACGGAUCAUAUGGAGAACCUAUUUUCCCUUUAGGCUCUAUUUCAGAAGGGCCUCAGGGGGAUGAUUACGAAGACAUCCAAAUAUUGUCGCCGAUUCGUGUUGCUCAAGUUGGCCUCCACUAG